AUGCAGAAGUUGACACUGUUGAAGGUUUAUCGCUUUUUGAAUUUUACUUUUGGUGUAUUUGAGAAUGCCAUGCGCUCUGAACUGAAAGCGAAAGCGUUCAAGUCACAAGCCGAGAGUGCACGAUCGAGGCGAUUGGGUCGAGGGAAGACGGAUGGUGGUGCUUCGGUUGGAGAGGGAGGCGAGAAGGCAGCGACAGCAUCCGAGACAACCAGUAAAGUCGGUCGAGAUUUGGACAUUUUGUAUUCGGUGAAUGUUGAUGAUUUGAUGAAGCCAAGCGCAGAGCCGAAAUCUCCCGAAAAGAGUGCAAAAGCGAAGAAACGUCGAAGGAUGCAAUCACCUUCUGAAGCGGAGAAAUUGUUGCAAGAGGACAGUAUGCCAGCAUUGGACACAGCAGGUCAGUCCACUUCCGCAGAGAAUAUUUCUACACCAACAAGAAGAUCACCCAGAAAACGUGCUGGAAAAUCAGAACCGAAAUCUGAAGAACAAAAGCAAACUGAUGAAAAAGAUUUCGUAUUGUUGUCAUUGGGCGAAGGUGGAGCGGAUGCUAGCAGUGGAAGUAAACAGCAACCAACGAAGACGAGACUACCUGAAGAGGCGAUUAAAGCAUCAGUUAAUGUUGGCAAAUCAAAAGAGGAAAGGCGAGGGGAUGCAAUUUUGAAGAAAUUAGCCAUGGCACAGCAGAGUAAAUCGGGAAAAUGA